CCCCCCCCUUGGAGGGUUGCUCCUCCUGCAACUGGAGCCGUCAUGGAGAAAAGUGGGAAUAUUCAGUUGGAGAUUCCUGAUUUCAGCAAUUCUGUUUUGAGCCAUCUUAACCAGCUCCGCAUGCAGGGCCGGCUGUGUGACAUUGUGGUUAACGUGCAAGGCCAAGCCUUUAGGGCGCACAAGGUAGUGCUGGCUGCUAGCUCGCCUUAUUUUCGAGAUCAUAUGUCACUCAACGAAAUGAGCACAGUCUCCAUCUCUGUUAUCAAGAACCCCACUGUGUUUGAGCAGCUCCUUUCUUUUUGCUACACGGGGAGAAUAUGCCUCCAGCUUGCUGAUAUAAUAAGUUACCUGACAGCAGCUAGUUUUCUACAAAUGCAACAUAUUAUAGACAAAUGUACACAAAUCCUGGAGGGAAUUCAUUUCAAAAUUAAUGUGGCUGAAGUGGAAAUGGAAUUGAGCCAAACAAGAACAAAGCAUCAAGAAAGGCCCCCGGAAUCUCAUCGAGCUUCCCCGUCUCUAAAUCGUUCUCUGAGUCCUCAUCAUAGCACUCCAAAAGGCAGCCGUAUGGGCCAAGUUAGCACCGUUCUGGACAUUCGGGAACUGAGUCCUCCUGAGGAGUCUACAAGCCCUCAAAUAAUUGAGCAGAGCUCAGAUGUGGAAAGCCGGGAACCCAUACUGAGGAUUAAUAGGGCAGGCCAAUGGUAUGUAGAGACAGGAGUCCCAGACCAUGGUGGGCAGGGGGAUGAUGAUGUUAAAGUCCUUGGAACAGUGCGAAUCAAAACAGAAAACUUGGAGGAGUGGCUGGGGACAGAGAAUCAGCCAUCUGGAGAAGAUGGGAGCAGUGCUGAGGAGGUCACUGCCAUGGUGAUUGACACAACAGGACAUGGAUCAGUGGGACAGGAAAGUUACAGUUUGGGUUCAUCAGGAACAAAAGUGGCCAGGCCAACCAGCACUGAAACGGACAGAUUUAGCCCUUCGGGUAGUGUGGUUACUGUGAAUGAUCGGUACAGAUCAAAAAGUGAAUCUCCAUGGCGGAUGGAUGAACCUAAGCAGCCCAGUUCGCAGGCGGAGGAGUCAGCUAUUGUUGGAGUAAGCGGCUAUGUGGAAUAUCUCCGUGAACAGGAAGUAUCUGAACGGUGGUUUCGUUACAACCCACGUCUGACUUGCAUCUACUGUGCCAAAUCCUUCAACCAGAAGGGUAGUCUGGACCGGCACAUGCGGCUUCAUAUGGGCAUCACGCCUUUUGUUUGCCGGAUGUGUGGCAAAAAGUAUACCCGCAAGGAUCAGUUGGAGUAUCACAUCCGGAAACAUACAGGCAACAAGCCCUUUCACUGCCAUGUCUGUGGCAAGAGCUUCCCCUUCCAGGCUAUCCUCAACCAGCACUUUCGUAAGAACCACCCCGGCUGUAUGCCACUGGAGGGAUCGCACAGCAUCUCUCCAGAGACCACGGUCACCUCCAGAGGCCAAGCUGAGGAAGAGUCCCCUCUUCGGGAAGAAGCUGGUCUGGCUGGGGAAAGUGCACAGGGAUCUGUAUCGACUACUGGGCCAGAUUGAGACCAGAGGCCCAGUGGAUCUUCUGUAGGAUAAGCAAGCCCCACUGGGAUGGUGAGCUCCUGUAGUUGGUUGUGCAAUGUUACCACUGGACGAAGACACUCCCGAGAGAGAGGUUGCCAAAACAGAAAAGAUACAGUACUGUAACUAAAGUGCUUAUGGUUUCCUUUAUUUUUCUCCAUCUCCUUGGAAAGGAAAAAAACUGGGUCAACUAACCUCUGAUUCAGGGAUUAACAACUUCGGAGGGGUGGGCUUUUUUUUUUUAAGUAUUCAGUAGUGAACAAGGAGAAAUAGAUUUUUCUCAUUUCUGGGCAACAGAUCCUGUGGUCCUAAGGGCUGCAGAGUUCUAGCUAUGUGUAUGCAGAGCAUCAGCAUCUGUAUCAAAAUCAUUAUACCUCCAUAAGAUACACGGGGUCAGGAAUUGGGUUUUUUUGUUCUGUGCCCCACUCUUAUUUCCCAGGUAAUUCUUUUUCGAGAACAAUGGCUGUUGUACUAUAACCAACCAUGCCUAAGUGUAGUUUAUCUCAUUUUCAUUUGAUGUAUCUUUUUAAAAAAAUUGACCCAUUACCUAAGGGCUUUUAUUAAGGGGAGGGGGCUUGCCAUUUCAACAUGUGUGGCCUUGCCUGUUUGUUAUAAGGCUAGCAAUUUUUUGAGCAGUAUUUUAAAGAUUACACAAUAUUUAAGUAAUUAAGCUACUGAAAAAGAAGGCAGUAACUACAGUAUGAGGUUCUGCCGUGUUUGAAUGAAUAUUUUCAGUUGUGAAAUAUGGGUAGUGCAGACCACGUCACAAUUCUUGCUUAUUCUGUGUGCUGCAAAAAACUGAAAAGUAGAUUUCUAGUUAUGAAUUUUUAAAACAGUGGCUUUUUCCAAAGGUCAUCCUUUGCCUCCCAUGGACUUGAUCUAAUGAAACAGCAAUAUUUGUAUAUCAAAAUAGAUGGAUCUCGGUGGGAGAAGAAAUCCUGGUUUGUGUUUGUUUCCCUGUUUGAUAUUUUUAUAUGAAAAACAUGCAAAAAACAUACUCUUACAAUUCAGUAGGGUAAAAGCUCCCAUUUCCUGUAAGCAAUGAAAACUUUUCCUUUACACUUCUAUAAUAUUUCACAUAUGAAGUUGAGGAGAUAUCUCUUUCUCUCUCUGCCAAAUCCAGCAAAUAUGCACCUCAUGUUUCUUAAUAUUCUGUUUAUAAUUAAAAGGAUACAUGUGCAGGAGAGCAAAUAUUUCAAAUAAGUGUCUUAUAUUUGCAAAAGAAGUUCUGUGUCGGUAUUUAGUAGCAAUGCUGUAGAAUAAAGGUGAAGAGUUGGCAUAAUCCUAAUAUUAUAGAUUAUAUGGAGUUAAAAUGGCCGAAGCAAAACUUAUAGGAGAAAGCUUGAGAUAUGGUGGAGCCACGAAAUGAAUAGAGAUAGGAAUUAUAAUAUUAUGGUAAAGGAAGAAACAGCUUCUUGGUGAACUUGCUUAGAUUUGUAUAAUAUUAAUAUUUCGCCGAUCUUGCCUUCUUAUGCCACACAUUUCUUGCUUCUAAAAAUGAAAUUCUUGAUUAUGCUCACAGGAAGAAUGAAAAUUGUUCGAUGCUCUCCCCUUUCCUCCCUAUGUGUGCAUUUCUUUUUUUUUAUGUUAACUGAGGAAUUUGUUCCAUUCCCCAAUUCAUGAUAAAGCAAGCAGUGAUUUUUUUCUUUGUGAUCACAAAGAUACAGAUUCAAAAGUCAUUGAAAAGAUUAACUCAUACUUGUUUUAAGAGUUUGACGAGAUUCUUCCAAAGCCACCCACACACUAUUCUUCUAGAUGAAGUAGGGAGGAUAAUAGAUGUAAAUAUAUCUAUCUAUAUGCUGCUUUAAUCAUAACUUUCAAAUCUACCAAAAAGAGACAAUUUACAUUAAAAAGAAUUGGAAAAUAUUUCUAGUUAGUUUAUAACAAAGUUUUUAAA